AUGACUAAUUUAGUGGAGCAGCUCCGAAAGGAGGUAGAUGCCCUCGACGAGUGUGGUUCUUCCAGUCUAGAUGAGCUAAUGAAGGGAUCCAAUGAAUUUCUUGCUGAUCUCAAAAUGCUCGAAUCAGAGCUUGAAACCGCCCCGGCACCCUCUGAGGUGGUUACCUCGUUAGAGAAAUCGUCUGCCCGGUGGUACAAGAAGUCAAUUGCUAAUUUGAAAGGCUACAAUGGUCAAAUCAACAAAUUUCUGAAGAAUGUGGUCAAUAGCUCCAAGUUUGCCGUGGACUUGGAUGAAGCUUACAGUUUCCCUCUCAUGAUUAAUUCGUCACCCGUGAAAGAAGUGGCGCCAGUUACGCUUUCUGGAAUGACUGAGAAGGAACUUUUGAAAGUGAAGAGGCUGCAAAAUCGUGGCGAGAUGAUGAAAAGCAUAAUGCUUCAUUUACUUAAGAUUGGACAUGGAGCUGCAGUAGUGGAUCUCUAUCCGGAGGUCGAUGUGGCUGACGAAAUCGACCCACAGAUGCUCGAACAUUUCAUAAUACUCAACGGAAUAGUCGACGAUAUCAAGGUGAAGCAUGACUUGUCAAGGGUGCUUGAGUGGCUAGAUGAGAAGGAGCAGCUGGCUCUGCGUGCUCACUACGAGAGUAUCCUGUUUAAGUUCCACAUGCUCCAAUUCGCACUCUUGCUUGCGGGAGAUCCAUCGAAGGAGGCCCCUUUCGGCAUCGACUCGGCUUUGGCUGCUUAUACUUAUGCUAAAGAUCGAUUUGGUAGAUUCUUCAAGGACUACGUCAACGAGAUCUCACCUGUAAUGACACUCUUAUUGUUCAAGUCUCCGGAUGCUACCAACGAUGGGACAUCUCAACUUCAGGAAAACUUCAAAGUUAAGAUUAUUCAAACUUUUGCCCAACAUAGAGAGAAGGAUAAGCGGCAUUCCAAAGAGAGCAAGUUUAUUGGAGACAUCUUAGCGUGCUUCGACUCGCUCCACAGCAAUCAGAUGCUUUUCAGCACCUUAGCUAAUGAGUUUGUAGCUCAGUACUGUGGAGACAUGGCACUUUCGAGUGAAUCGUCGUUGUUCCAGGCCAUGCUUGCAGGUUUCAUCAACUUACCAAAUUUCUACAAGUACACGAAACUCCAGCGGCGUCUCAGUCGUACCAAGGACGACUUCACAUCAACACUGCAACACGCAAUUGAUCUUCCGUUCCAAUUACCUGACAAGAACCAGUUUUUGUUUAAUUAUCAUCCAAUAUUCAUCUGCCCCGUAUCCAAGGAGCAACUUGUUCCUGUGAGCACUGUGGUGGCAGUUACUGAAGACGACAUGCGUGACCGCAAACGGAAGCCUAUCCUUGUUUCUCCAAACGAGAAAUUGGUGCCCAUGGCAAAUCCAGUGGUGGUGUUUGAUCAUUGUCGACACUUGGCACUCAAGGAUAGUGUGCGCAACUUGUCGAAGGGAGGAUCCGAGGUGUUCAAAUGCCACUACUGUUACAAGAAACACAAACUUCUGGAUGUUUCGGAUGCGUACUUCAUUGACUUGUGA